AUGCAGCAGCCCAGGACGCUGGGCAAGCAGAUCCGCCCCGUCGGCGGCGGGAAGCAGAUCCGCCCCGCCGGUGACGACGAGGAGGACGAGUUUGGCCAGUGGGACGGCGAAGGCGACGAGGAGGAGGACAGGCCCCCUGCCGCGCCCGCCGUGCCGAGCGCGCCGCCGCCUGUCGGCAAGGUUGGCAAGGCGCUGGCGGUGGGCGUCGGGAUGGGCAAGAUGGCCAAGCCAGUCGGCGUGGGGAUGGGCAAGGUGCGGAAGCCCGUGGGGAUCGGCAAGGGCAAGAUGGCCAAGCCAGUCGGCGUGGGGAUGGGCAAGGGCGCGCGCGCGGCGUACGGCGGGAAGCAGCCCGCGGCGAGCGCCGACCCGAUGGAGGGGUUCGGAGGGGAGGGCGCCGGCUUCGAGGCGGCCGCGGACCCGCCGACGCUCGAGCGGAUCCGGCUGACGCGCAACAAGCUGGAGCUGUGGCUGCUCGAGCCCUUCUUCGAGAGGGUGCUGCCGGGCUGCCUCGUCCGGAUCGGAAUCGGACAGCAGAGCUCCGGCCGGCCGGUGUACAAGGUGGCGGAGGUGCUCGGCGUCAAGGACGGCUUCAAGCCCUACAUGAUGGGCAAGGCCAAGACGACCAAGCGGCUCGAGCUCGCCAUCGGCAGCGCCAAGAAGGCCUUCGCGAUGAACUUUGUCUCGAACCAAAACUUUGAGGUGCAGGAGCUCGAAAAGUACCGCCGCUCGCUCAAGGAGGCGGGCGGGGUGGACCGGUGGCCGUCGCAGCGGGCGGUGGACCAGAAGGCGGAGGAGCUGCGCAAGUGCAAGGACUACGACUACACCGAGGAGGAGAUCAACGCGAUGGUCGCCGAGAAGAAGAAGCUCGGGCUCACCAAGGGGCGCGCGGCCGCCGACAAGGCCACGCUCGCGAUGGACUUGCUCGCCGCGCGCGAGGGCGACGAGGAGACGCGCAAGCAGCUCGAGGCGGAGCAGAAGAAGCUCGAGGCGCGGCAGGCGAGCGAGAAGCGGCUGCAGGAGCAGCGCGAGGGCAAGGCCUUCGCCAUCAAGGACAUCAACAUGCGCAACCGCGCCUUUGAGCUCUCCGUGGCCCGGACCGCGGGCGAGAGGGCGAAAGCGCAGCGGGCCGGCGACGCCCCCUCCGUCAAGGACCCGUUCGCACGCAUCGAGAACCGCGGCACCAACUACUACACCAUCGGCAAGGCCGCCGAGCCGGCGACCGCAGCCGCGGAGGGGGCGGGCCCUUCCAGCGCCGCCCCCUCCGCGCCGGAGCUCGCCAUCGACGUGAGCGCGCCGGCGGAGCCGCACGCCGACAGCGGCAUCAGCCCCGGCUUCCGCGAGCUCAUCGCGACACCGCGGCCGGGCAGCAACGCAGAAUUGCCCCCCGCCGAGCGCGCCGCGCACGCCGUCGACAUCGACAUCGACAUCGACAUCGACGCGCCCGUGGCCUCCGUGCCUCGCUUGCCCACGGUGGUCCGUGGCGCGCCGCCGCUGCAGCCACCGUCCGACGCGCCGCGAAACACGCUCAGCGUCUCCGACUACAAGCGGCGCAUGGGCAUCCUGUAG